AAGAUCAGACCGUCAACGAGAAGCUGAUGUCUGAACUCUGUGAUCCAGACUGACCUUCACAGCACCAGUGAGACCAGUGAGACCACCUCCCAGUGGGACCAGAGAGACCACCUCCCAGUGGGACCACCUCCCAGUGGGACCACCUCCCAGUGAGACCACCUCCCAGUGGGACCAGAGACCAGUGAGACCACCUCCCAGUGGGACAACCUCCCAGUGAGACCACCUCCCAGUGGGACCAGAGAGACCACCUCCCAGUGGGACCACCUCCCAGUGGGACCACCUCCCAGUGGGACCAGAGACCAGUGAGACCACCUCCCAGUGGGACCACCUCCCAGUGGGACCAAUAUGGCUGCAGCCAACACCACCAAGAUCUCAUGGAGGCUGCAGGAGUUCGAGGCUCACUCCAGCCCGGUGUCCUGCGUGGCUCUGGGGAAGAGCUCCGGCCGCCUGCUGGCCACCGGGGGUCAUGACUGCAGGGUGAACAUCUGGGCCGUCAGCAAGGCCAACUGCAUCAUGAGCUUGACGGGUCACCAGAACCCAGUGGAGUGUGUCCAGUUCAACACGUCAGAGGAGCAGGUGGCUGCUGGUUCUCAGUCUGGAUCCAUACGGGUCUGGGACCUGGAGGCCGCCAAGAUUCUCAGGACUCUGAUGGGACACAAAGCCAACGUCACCAGUCUGGGCUUCCAUCCAUUUGGAGACUUCCUGGCCUCGAGCUCCAUGGACACCAACAUCAAGGUGUGUGUGUGUGGUCACACUCAGGCCGUGAGGAGCCUGGCCUUCAGCCCUGAUGGGAAGUGGUUGGCUUCAGCCAGCGACGACUCCACGGUGAAGCUGUGGGACCUGACUCAGGGGAAGAUGAUCACCGAGUUCACGUCUCACACUGCAGCCGUCAACAUCAUCCAGUUCCACCCCAACGAGUACCUGCUGGCCUCAGGCAGCUCGGACAGGACCAUCAAGCUGUGGGACCUGGAGAAGUUCACGAUGAUUGGCUCGUUGGAGGGAGACACAACUCCAGUCAGGUCUAUGUUGUUCAGCUCGGACGGCUCCUGUCUGUACAGCGGGGCCACGGACUCUCUGAGGAUCUUUGGCUGGGAGCCCAACCGCUGCUUCGACGUGGUGCCGGUGGGCUGGGGGAAGGUCUCCGACCUGGCGGUCUGCAACCAGCAGCUGAUCGGCGUGUCUCACCAGCUCUCCAGUGUGUCGUCCUACGUGGUGGAUCUGAAGCGGGUGAAGAGGAGCGGGGGCUCUGUGAUCCAGGGCCUCAUCCAGGACAACCAGCCGCUCCCAGAGCCCAGAGACCCUAAAGGAUCCGCACUGCGCAGGAACUACGAGAGACCCACAACCACCUGCAGCGCACAGAGGGUGAAGCAGAGCUCGGAUGCUGAGAGGCGGAGCCCCGAAGGCGAGAGGCGGAGCCCCAGUGAGGACGAGGCGGACGAGAAGGUUUCGUCAGCUGAGAUCCACAACGAAGAAGACUUCCAGGAGAUCUUCCAGCCCAAGAAGGCCAUCUCUCGGACUCCUCCCAGGAUGCCGGAUCCUUUCCCCCCCCCCCCAGAGGACGACACUAUAUUAGCCAUCGGCCGUCAGCUGAAGGACAUGAUUUCUGCGUUUCCUGAGAAGCAGCAGGCCCCUCCCCUGGCCUCCUCCACACCUGUCCAGAGGGUGGAGCCUACAGUGGUCUCUUGUGCAAAGCAUCCGCCCCUCUCCACCCCCCCCGGCCCCGCCCCCGCGCCUCCUCCUCCGCAUCUCGUCACCGCGGCCAAGUCCAAACCUAAAAUGGUCCCGAGCUCCAGGACCGAGCCCAUCGGGCUGAACGUGGCCGACUUCCUGCCGUCGUCUCCUAGCAACAGAGGCGGAGCUCUGAGUGACGAGGAGGCGCUGGCCCAGCUGAAGAAGGGCCACGACACCAUGUGUGUGAUGCUGCGCAGCCGGCACAAGAACCUGGAGACGGUCCGGACCGUGUGGGCCCGGCAGGACAUCAGGAGCGCCUUCGCCGCCGCCGUCUCCAUGAGCGACCUCUCCAUCGUGGUGGACAUCCUGAACAUCAUCAACCUGCAGCCGUCGCUAUGGAAACUGGACCUGUGCACAACGAUCCUCCCUCAGAUCGACCAGCUGCUGCUCAGCAAAUAUGAGAGCUACCUCCAGACCGGCUUCCUGUCCUUGAAGCUCGUCAUGACUCACUUCUGGCUCCUGAUCUCUGAGACUCUGACGGCGGCGCCGCCGGUCGGCGUGGACGUGACGCGGGAGGAGCGGCACCAGAAGUGCAGAGCGUGCUGCCGGCAGCUGGAGGCCCUCAGCCUCCUGGUGAGGAGCGGGGCCACGCAGGUGGGCCGCCACGGCAGCGCCUUCAGGGAGCUGGCGCUGCUCAUGGCGCCGCUCCACCAGCCCCUGUGAGGGCCGGGGCCCCGGGGCCAGGACCCCGUGAGCCCCGGAGCCAGGACCAGGACCAGGACCCCGUGAGCCCGGUGCUUCAUGAACUCUUCCUGCUCUCCACGCCUCACAGAAGACUCUCUCGGAGGGGUGGAGAGCCGGCGUAGCGUAGCAUAGCGUAGCGUAGCUUA